GAGUAUGGAGGAGAGAGUACAGCACACAGUAAUGCAACUGAUACAAGAGUUAAUGAGUAUUGGGUCCCCCAGUAUGAUACAAAUUGACGUUUAUAAGGAACUAGAAGAACAGUACCAACGAACAUCAGAGGAUCUUAAAAACCAACAGGCAGAAAAUGACAAAUUGCAACAAAAAAUAUUUGAACUUCAAAAAAAUCUGACGGCAAUUGAAGGAGAACUGGAGGAGACCAGGACUGAAGUUAAGGACCUCAGGGAUAAAGUACCUGUGGAAGACUUCGGGACCCCUGGGGGAGUGAAAUUGCAAAGAGUAAACCGAAAAUUGGAGGACAUUAGGAAAGAGAAGCUAAGGGCAGAAUAUGAGAGAGAUGAAUUGAUGAGUCAAAUUGAAGAAUUGGAAUCGAAAGUGACGGAACUUGAGCAAAAGAACAGCGAACUGGCAGCUGCUAAUGAAGAGAUACCGUUACUGAAGGACAGUCUGGAGGAGUCAAAAUACCUUGAAGCUAAAGUGAAAAGUUACGAAUCUGUCAUUAGCCAAUACAAGAAGAAAUUAGAGUUACUGCAGGAAGUGAAGAGAGAGAAGAAGUCGCUUGAAGACAAGAACAUGAUGUAUGUCCAGCAGAUAAUGGACCUUGAAGAGGAGUUAAGGAUGGUAUCAUCUAGCAAAGAACAAUUUGAAUCUUUAAGAAAGAAGAUCAGUAGUCUUGAAAAUGAUUUGGCACAAGAGAAUUUGAAAGUGUUAGAAGCACUUCAAGAUUGCGAAGAAAAGUCAACACUAAUAGAAUCACUAACAGCCGACAACAGAGAAUUAAGGAAGCAGCUGGAUCAUCAUCAACCAGCCACGCCCACCACAACAGCUCCUCCAUUGAGUACUGAGUUUCAUAUGAUGAGUGGAGAAGAAGGAAUAGAUUCCUCAGAGUCCCUAAUGGAGGCCUUCACUCCUGAACUGAAGGAGAAGAUGUAUAAACUGGAGAAGGAGAAUGAGAUACUCCGUAGACGAGUGACUACUAGUGAGAGCUCAGCAGCUGCUACUACCGACACUCAACAGGUGGAGGGACUCAGACUGGAACUAGUGGAUAAAAGUUUGGAGAUAGACAAGCUUAAACAAGGUCUUGCCAAGAAAGGCAAAGAAUUGGAGGCGUUGUCACAUUUCAGGGAUAAUUACGAUCAGAUCAAAUCACAGAUAAAAGCCAAAGAUGUCGAAAUUGAAAAAUUAAAGAAAUAUUUAAAUAAAGCGAAAAAGAUAAUAGAAGGUUUUGGCGAUAAGAAAGACGUAGCAGCUGACAGUGCUGAGGUACAGCAGUUGAAAGGAUUCCUUCAGGAGAGGGACAGAGAGAUAGAGAGAAUGGAGAGAACGUUUGAGCAGGAAAGACAGACAAGAGAGAAAGAGGAGAGACUCAUAUUAUCCGCCUGGUAUAAUCUGGGUGUUAAGUUCCAUCAGUUGCAGAGUAAGGAGAGGUUAGUGACCCAGGGGUCGUUCCUAACUCAACAGAGACAGGCAGCGUUAAAGAGACACGCCCCCUCAAGUGGGGUAACGCCCACCACCUCAUCAACAUUCUCAUUAAAUUAAU